AUGUUGUCCACCUGGGUGCUGGCCUGGUUGGUCUCCCUGAGGACCUUGUCCACAGCGCUGGAUCCGACCCUGGAGGGGACAUGGAGAGACUGGAAGGCCACUCACAGUAAGGAAUAUGGCCUGGGGGAAGAAUCCUUUCGGAGAGCCGUGUGGGAGGAGAAUCUGAGGAUGAUCCACGACCACAACAGCCAGGCUGAGCAGGGAAAAUACACCUACAAACUCGGGAUGAAUCACUUUGGUGACCUGGAUGAUUAUAGUUGUCGUUAUGAAGCUGAGAAUUCUGUUACUAAGUGUUCCACCAUAGGAGUCAUCCUGCCAGGAGAUGAAAAGGGAUUUCUGCAGGCGGUGGCCACAAUUGGCCCAAUUUCUGUCGGAGUGGAUGCCCGGAGUUCAGCAUUUCAGUUUUACAAGUCGGGUAUCUUUAAAAAUCCCUGGCGUGGAGACCCCCAGUUGACUCAUGCUAUGCUGGUGGUCGGAUACAACAGCACCAAGUACUGGAUUGUGAAGAACAGUUGGUCUCGCUAUUGGGGGGACAACGGAUACAUGCUCUUGGAACAAGGAUUCAAUCAAUGCGGCAUCACCAACAUGGCUUCCUAUCCCAUUCCAUAACCAGCCAAGUGGACCGUUUGAGAAUCAGGACAAAAAAGCUAACUGCAGCAUUGGAAGCUUCUGGAGAACCAGAAAUAUAUACAGUAUAUAUGCUAAAACCAAUAAAUGCUUUUACGCAAUGCUA